UGGUCCAGUAGCAUUAUAAUUAAUUUUUAGGUUUGCGUAGGAGAGUGAGGGGGUUUUGAAAAGAAAGAAAGAUGGGAGGCCAAGGAAGAAGAAGAAGAGAGAAGAACUAUAGAGCAGCACAUGGAGGUCCUACUCGACUACCUCCUCCACCUGAUCCCUCCCAAGUCGAUGCUUUACCUUCGAAACUCCGCAAGCUCAUCUCUUUCACUUCUACUCUUCAAGAUUCUAACAAGGUUUCAAAGGACGAAAAUAGGAAAAUAAAAGUAGACGCUGAUGCUGACAAAAAGGGCUUCCCGGAGAAAAAAAGGAAAUUGGAAACAACUGGAAUCGAAGAUGGGGAUGCAGAUAGUGUAGAGGAAAUGGCGCAGAAUGGCAAAAACGAAAAGGGAAAGAAAAAAAGAAAAAGGAAGGAGGUAAAGGACCUACGAUUUGAGGCUGAAAUUGGGAAUUUGGCCACCCGUUCUAAAAGAAAGGAGCGCAAGAAAAAGUAUUUGGAAGAGAAGAAAAAGAAACACAAGAAAGCUAAAACAGAGGAGGAGCCAGACUUCCCAGGACGUGAGAAAAUAAAAUUUGGAGAUGUGGUUGAAGGACCGCCUAAAUUGCUUGCAGUUCCUAAGUCAAUGAAGAUUGAUGCUUCGAAAGAGAGGUUACGUUUGCAGGCAAUUGAGUCUUACAGAAAUCGCAAAGGAUGGACCUCAAGACCAGGGCUUCAGCUUCCCCCAGUGAUCACAUGACAGUAUAGUUGGUUCAGCUUAAUGCAAAUGCAACUAAUUGCCAAACAAUCUUUCCCCUUUUCUGGCUUCUGUACUUUAUGGUUCUUCAGUGUUCUUAUCAAUGAGAAAAGUACAAACAAUAUAUUAAUUUCA